AUGAAGAACCAGGCCCCGGACCUCGGCAUCGACGGGGGCCGCGGCGUCGCGGGCGGCAAGCACGAGCGCGCCAAGCGGGCGCCCCGCGCGGACAAGCAGGUGGCAAAAGGCGCCGGGGACGGCGAGGAGCGGAUGGCGGGCCGCUGGAGAUCGGCCUCUGGCGACCCGUCGUUCGGCUCGGCAUUCGCGCUGCUGGACCCGUGGGUGCACAUCGCCAGCUGCCUGCGGCGCAGCAGGCGGCGCUGCACCGCGCGCGCGGCGGGCUCGAAGGAGGCGCCAGCCGCCGUGCGGCGCGCAGGUCAAACCCCGCCGAAGCCUGGCGCGGAGCUCUACGAGAUGAUCGGCAACCUGGACAACCUCGACUGCGAGGAGUGGCGAGAGCAGAUGGCGCUCCAGGACGCGCUGGUGGCGCGCAGCAGCUUCGGCAAGAUCAGGCACACCGCGGACUCGUCCCACGCGGUUCUUGGCACGGCGACGCUGAAGGAGGGCAAUAUGCAAAAGACCCACAUCGACCUAUGGAACGCGGCGCGGGCCAGCGCAGAGGGCAAGGAGGCCACCGCAGUCAAUGUGGAAGGCCACGGGAGCGCCGAGGAGACGUUGAAGGCCAAGGUGGGCCCGAUCGAGUGGCUCGGGAACUUGCUGGCGGACGGCUUCGUGGAGGGCGUCAUCGAGCAGGCGCAGGCGCCGGAGGCGCAGGCGAAGACCGUAGGAGGCCCACAUCGAGAAGAGGAGGCGGGGGCCAAGCUGCUCGCAGAGACCGAGCGCAAGAUCGCCCACGACGCGAGCGGCCAGCACUUCCUCUGUCUGCUGUGCGGCUCGCGAACGCGCAUGGCGAUAGCGGACGGAUGCCUCGGUGGCGAGUGCAGGGAGAUGGUUGGGGACCGUGCUGGGCCUCUCGGCACGCGCAGCAGUCGGCCGCAGACCGGCAAUCAGAAGGUCCAUUCGAGCCACAAGAUAGGGCACGACGAGACGCUGGAGUUGCACCACCGUGUCCUCUGCGGCUGCAUCGGCCGCGAGGGCACGCGCAAGGUCGCAGCGAAGUGCAACGAGACGCCUGGACAGAUGGGCCGUCAGAGCCUGUCGAGUAUCAAGACGGGGCUGCAGCCAGGCAACAGCGCGUUGGCCAAGCAGUUCGGCGAGAAGAGAAGAGUGCGCGCGGAGCUCGCGGCCAGCCGCGAGGAGCAGCUGGCAUGCGUGCGGGAGGAGCUGCUUCGCCUGCGGGAGGAGCACGUCGCACACAGCAGCGUGUCCAAGGACCUCCUUGUCCGUCUCACGGGGGCACGCCAACAUGAGCAGCCGCUGGAGCAGACAACGGUCGGGCAGCAGCUGGACAGCCUGCAGCUGGAGCUCGCCGCGCUGCGGCGGGAGCUGCACUCCGGCAUGACGGCGUGCCGCGAGGACGCCCGCUUGGCCGCGGAGCGCGGCGCGUCCGAGCUGCGGGCGCUCGCGGCCGAGCAGCACAGGGACGCCGCCGCGGCGGCCAGCGCAGUGACCGCCGAGGUAGCGAGGGCUGCCCAGGAGCAGCGGAGGGCCCUCGCGGCCGAGCUGCACGAGGCGGCGGGCGUGCGGGAGGAACUCCACGCGAUCACGAAGGGCCUCGCCGAGGGCGCGGUGGGGCUCGGCGCCGGGGACAGGGCCGCGCCGAGGGCAGCGUGUGCGGAGGACUCGGCGCCGCCGCGGCCGUCGCGCGGAUCUCCGCCAUGCACGCCGGCACGCCUCCCGCGGGCGGCGCGCGCACGGCGGGAGGCGGGGACAGCAAGCGCGACGAGCUGGAGACAGUGGCAGAGCACUGACCUUCUGUGCAUGUCGAGCGGAUGCGGUCGGGAGCGUUGGGAUACACAAUGAUCAUCUUGCCUCCCUCCCCUCCCCCUCUCUGGUGCCUGCCCUGCCCGACCCGCGCCGCGCACCCCGUCGGGCCGGGGCGAACACUGCCCUGCCCCCCGGGGGGUCUCGAAGGCUGGGCGGGCCGCCCGCCCGCAGAAAUAGA